AUGAGGGGCCCUUCCGGCGCGGCGCUUCUCCCCGUGAAGGAGUGGGCGGAGCUUGUUGCCGUCAAGCAGGAGCCGGAGGAGGGCGAGCUCGUCGCCGUCAAGCGGGAGCCAGAGGAGAUCCCGCAUCGAGGCGUCAUCGGUCCCGAAGAUUACGUCGGCGAUGAUGUCGAGGCGGUCGCGGCGGCGAUUGCCGCACAGAGCUUGCGAGAGGAAGAGGAGCACCGCCGCCGCGACGAGGAGAUCGAAGACUUAGGCGUCAAUAGCAUAGUGUCGUCAAGCCACCGACACGAACCCUGCACGCUGGUGCUCUCCAAGGAGCGCAGCUUCUCGAAGCGUCUGCACCACGACGUUCCCCGAGCAAGCUACGUCCAACAGGACGCCGGUGGAUACGGGUUGCACCAGUCUGACGUGAGCAUGCUGCCCCUCCUGGGAGACGCGCUGGGCUCGAUAGAGUACGUCGUCACAAUUGGGAUUGGGUUGCCGGCAUUUGGCCAAACCAUCGGCAUCGACACCGGAAAACACGUCUCCUGGUACGCCUCUCACACCCUCGCGCUGACCGGCUCGAAAGCUAUCAAAGGCUUCCAAUUCAUCUAUAGCCACACAGAUGCCUUCAACCCCAGGCUCAAUGGCCUCGUCAAGAUCGGCAGUGGUGUGCAGUCGUUCGUGUCUCACAAGGCGGCGACAUAUGGGAGCCAGUUCUCCUACUGCCUCCCGUCGACCCCCUCUCCUUCGGGUUCCUCACCCUAG